UCAGUCUCUCGCUUAUUGUGUGAGCGAGUCGGUUCGCUAUAUUUUCCCAACUUAGUUGUAUCAACUUGGGGUUCAGGAAUUAUAUCCUGUGCUAAAUCCGACUAGAAGGUCGACAACGAGACCACUUGUCGGUCGGUUGUGUAGCAGUGUCAAAUAUUGAGCCGGUUUUCUGGUGUUAUUCCUUUGUAAAUACUGUUAUUUGUAUAUACUGUAAAUGAUGACGUCCAUGGGCGGGAACCGAGCCCGUGGCAGCUGGGAGCAGACACAGGGCCAGACACAGAGUCAGACACAGCACAAGCAGAGGCCUCAGGCUACCGCAGAGCAGAUCCGACUUGCGCAGAUGAUUUCCGACCACAAUGAUGCAGACUUUGAAGAGAAGGUCAAACAGCUGAUUGACAUCACAGGCAAGGACCAGGAUGAGUCUAUGAUCGCACUGCACGAUUGCAACGGGGAUGUCAACAGAGCCAUUAAUGUGUUGCUGGAGGGUAACCCAGAUACUGACUCUUGGGAAAUGGUGGGGAAGAAGAAAGGGGUGUCAGGCCAGAAGGAGACUAGCCAGGCAGAAACUGGAGAGGAAGGAAAAGAGAACCGGGAGAAAGGAGAGAGAGAUGUAGCACGUCGUCGAGGUGGAGCUCCACGUAAGGGCCGUGGAGCCAGCAGGGGACGAGAGUUUCGUAGUCAGGAGAAUGGCUUGGAUGGAGCCAAGGCUGGAAUAGCUGGAAGAGGUGCAGAGCGAGGCCGAAGGGGAAGAGGAAGAGGAAGAGGGACUGUCGGAGUGUCUGGACGGCGAGGAGGCAGAUUUUCGGCACAAGGCAUGGGCCAGAUUGAUAAGGGGCCCAGAUAUGAUAUUGCAGGAGGUGAGAGAACAUUCAACCCUGCUGACUAUGCGGAGCCAGCCCAGGCAGAAGAAAACUAUGGAGGGUGCAGCACCUGGAACAACACAGGAAACUCAGACCUUGAGGAGGGAGCUAGGUUGGAAUACGCUGCAGGAGAGGGAACAAAUUACCCACCCAAGUUUGACUCUGCUCCUGGUGCCUGGAGGACUGCCACAGAGGAGUGGGGCACUGAGGACUGGAAUGAGGAUCUUUCAGAGACCAAGAUAUUCACAGCUUCCAGUGUAGCUUCGGUGCCUCUGCCUCAAGAGAAUGUUACCAUCACCAAAGGCCAGAGGAUUGACCUUGCGGUGCUUCUAGGGAAGACUCCCCCAUCCUCCUCUUCAGAGACAGAAACCCCCCCCAUGGAGGCCACUCAGCCCCCCUCCUUACCCCAGUCACUGGUUUUCAGCAACUCUAAGCAAGGGGUGCCACUCUCCCAAACAUCCACCAGCACCCCUUACACCCAGCACAGCAUGGUCAGCAUGCUGAGCAAGGGUUUCGGGGAUGUGGGGGACCCUAAAGGUGCGAGCACAGGGACCACUGGCUCUCAAUUCCUGGAGCAGUAUAAAACAGCCCAGGCACUGGCCCAGCUGGCAGCCCAGCACUCCCAAACUGGACCUCCCAAUACAACCCCUUCAUCCUGGGACACCAGUGCCACCUCACUGGGACAAUACGAUAUGAAGACUCAGCCAGAGUCUGCGGUCCAUACGCCCUUUACGAAGCGGCAGCCCUACCAGGCGGCCACCUCAACCUCGUCCAUGUUGGAUGUUUUCCUGCAGGACAAAGGCCUGCCUUCCUCAUCCUCGUCUUCUUCCUUACCCCAACAAACAUCUUCACCCCAUGUGGGGCCCCCGCCUGCUUCCUCCCUUCCCAAGAUGGCAGCAGUCCCUUCUCUAGGUCAGCAAGUCUCCCCAAGUUCCUCAGAUGCCCAGGGUUCUAGUCCACUGCCUUUGCAGCAACACAAACUCAAACAGCAGAAGAAGAGGACCUCUAUCACAACAAAGAUUCCUGCAAUGGCGGUAGAGAUGCCUGGCUCAACAGACAUCUCAGGCCUUAAUCUUCAGUUUGGAGCACUGCAGUUUGGGUCAGAGCCAGUUAUACCAGAGUAUGAGUCCAACCCUGCUACCACAACACCAGCCAACCAGGUCCAGAAAAGUCUCUACACUAGCCCCAGCAGUGAGUCAACUCCAGCUCUCUCCAACUCCAGCCAGAUGGACCUGUACGAUCAGAGAGCAUCUCAGACUCGGCGCUACCCUCACUCAGUCUCCUCCUCCCCUCACAAGGAUAUGCAGCCCAAGAAUGGCUUCAGUUCAAUACAAGCAACACAAUCUGUGGAAGCUGCAGCAGGCUCUGCAGUAUCUGUCAAGCCGGUCUCUGAUUCGGUCACGCCUGUCUCCAGCAUGGGCACUUUGACUGACAGCGGCUCUGCCUCCUUGAUGUCUACAUCCAAUCAAACAUCCCUCAGCGGUCUGGGCCACAGCGAAGACUUGCCUCCAAGCACCAUCCCCCCUCCUCAGCACAACAACUCUCACCCAUCACAACAGAACAGCCUUGCUCCAUCUGCAGUCCGGACAUCCAACUCAGGCUUACUGCACCCCAGCGUAGACGGUGAGUCAAGCCUGCACUCCUCCUCCUUCCCUUCCUCUGUCUCAGCCGUGCCGUCUUCGUCAGUCCCCUCCUCUUCCUCAAUGGCUGCUUCCCAAGUGUCCCUAGGGGCCCCUCAGGUCUCCUCUGGGGGCUCUGCCACAGUUUCAGCUCCCUCCGGCCUCGGCCCCGCUAGCAGUCUGGCCAUGGGUGUCAACACUGCCUCCAUGGGUGUCCCAGCUGCAGUUGUCGCUUCAGUGUCCUCGGCAGCCUUGGCCAUACCUUCCUCAUCCUCACGCAGCUCUGCAACAUCCUCAGGGAAAGCACCUCCAAACCUGCCACCUGGAGUGCCCCCUCUACUGCCCAACCCAUACAUCAUGGCCCCUGGACUACUGCAUGCCUACCCUCCUCAGGUGUACGGCUAUGAUGACCUACAGAUGUUGCAGACAAGAAUACCGCUGGAUUAUUACAGCAUCCCCUUUGCAACUCCCACAACGGCACUGACUGGCAGAGAGGGCAGCCUGACUAGCAACCCUUAUUCUGGUGACUUAUCAAAGUUUGGUCGAGGUGAUGCUUCAUCCCCGUCUCCAGCCACCACAUUAGCUCAGACACAACAGAACCAGACCCAGACACAUCACACCACACAGCAGCCCUUCCUCAACCCUGCGCUGCCACCUGGCUACAGCUACACAAGCCUCCCAUACUACACUGGCAUGCCAGGCCUACCCAAUACCUUCCAGUACGGACCUGCUGUGUUUCCGGUGGCUCCUACCUCGUCAAAGCAGCACGGUGUGAAUGUUGGCGUCAAUGCAUCAGCCACACCCUUCCAGCAGGCUAGUGGCUAUGGUUCCCAUGGAUACAGCACUGGCUAUGAGGAUGUGGGCCAGGCUUCAGGGAGUGGGGAUUUCUGUAAGGGCGGAUACGGCACUGCCGUGGCCGCUGCCGCUUCUGCACAAAACAAGCCAGCCAGCUCUGUCACCGGGCCUGGAGUCGGAGUCUCUGUGACAUCAAGCAACACGGGGGUACCAGAUAUUUCGGGGUCUGUUUACACAAAAACGCAGUCAUUUGAGAAGCAGGGUUUCCAUGCUGGUACGCCAACAGCUUCGUUCAGCCUGCCCUCGGCUCUGGGGAGCGGGGGACCCAUCAACCCCCCGGCUGCCGCUGGCUACGCACCGGCCCCCUUCAUGCACAUCCUGGCACCACACCAACAACCCCACUCUCAGAUUCUGCACCACCACCUGCAGCAGGACGGACAGAGCGGCACUGGACAGCGCAGCCAGAAUGCCUCCAUUCAGCAGAAGUCUCAGAUCAACAAGUCGGCAUACAACAGCUACAACUGGGGGGCAAACUAACAUCCGCUGUCGUGGCCCCCACA